UUUAUCGUCUGCAGCGCAAAACGCAGGGCAGGUGCAAGUACUCAACACAAGCUCGGCUGCACGUAUCGCGAUAGUUUGCGCGCAACAUGGCUCCUACGAUGAAAAAAGUUGCUAUAUUCGGAUCAACUGGUUUCACAGGACAAGCGGUGCUUGACUACGCUGUGAAGAAAGGGUACGAGGUGACCGUGCUCGUGAGAGAUGCCUCUCGGCUGCCGAAAGAAACCACUCCUCACCACGUGGUUGUGGGUGACGUGUUGAAGAAGGAGGACGUCGACAAGGCUGUCAAGGGCCAGGAUGGCGUCGUUGUGGUCCUUGGCACAAGAAACGACACAAGCCCCACUACUGCUCUGUCUGAUGGACUGAAGAAUAUCCUGCAGUCGAUGUCUGACCACGGGGUAAAGCGCAUCUCGGCCUGCGUAUCGUCCUUCCUGUUUUGGGAACGCGCCAAGGUGCCGCCAAAGUUCAUACCAUUGACAGAGGACCAUGAGCGCAUGUACGAAGCGCUAAAGGCUUGUGACCGCGAGUGGGUCGCCAUCUUUCCACCCCACAUUGCAGAUGAACCGGCACGUGGUGGCUACAAGAUGGUGAAUGACGCUCCGGUUGGCAGGGCCAUCUCCAAGUUCGACCUGGCUGAAAUCCUUGUCAAUGCCCUCACUAUGGACGAGCAUGUUGGACACAGCGUUGGCAUCGGCUACCCAACAGCCUGAGCAGACUUUGAUGGCACACUUUGUUCCUAGAAGCAUUCCUACCAUUUUGCUGGGCUCAGUUACUCCCCACUGUAAUUUUGCAGUAUAUAAUGUUCGAACCCUCUUCCAUGGUGCAGGUGCAGCUGUUGUGCAGAGAAAUCUUUUUGUAUGCGUGUGAUACAGCACAAAUCAUUUCGGGCUGCCAUUAAGUGUCAGUAUGGUUAUCUGUCCCUGUGGUGUAAAUUUAGCCUUUCCUGCAUAAAGUGGCAACAACCAUCCGAAGUGCCAGUACAAUAAAAGGCAUGUCUUCCUACUUAAGGACACUUUUGAUCAAACCUGUGUUGUUUAUUUUAAAUGUUUUUAUGGGGUGCCUUGGUUUGGGGGCAUGAUGGUAUUAUUCAAUUGUAUAUCUUUUUUGUUUUUUCGCUUCUUCUGAUUUAAUUUUUUAGCUUAUUCUUGGCCCAAUAAGGAUCUACAAUGGACUUAAUCAUCAGUAGAGUUGGGAUAACAUGAACAGGAAUGUCACUAAAAUCAGGACAGAAAACACACAUAAAAUUAGGGCAAGUUCCUGGACAAUGCCUGGACCACUGAAUAGGUUCACCUUGUUUUUUUUUUGUUUUUUUUUUGGUACGUAUUAAAACGUAUAUCGUGCUCUGCCAGCCAAAAACACAUGCAGCUUUGGUCUCUACCAUUGAAGGAAAUUGUUAGGAACAUCUCAAGCAUCUGCUCACUCAGUCUGUGUUUUCUUUGUCGAGAUUCUUGAAGUUGGAGAAAUGGUCUCUCUACUUCUACAGAAACAAGAGGUGAAAACCUGGGAGCUCGCUUUGCGCCCUCGUUGUAAUUGCAAUUCGCUGUUCUCGCAAAUUCACACCCUCAUUGUUGGGGUUUUUUCUCGUGUGACUUGGAAAGCUUUUCUUUAGCAGGAUGUCCAACUUUGCUGCUGCAGAAUUCAAAAUUUAAAGCUGUGCCUCUACAUCAAGGCCUGUUUCGCGGUUGCAUGCGGUAGAAAUUCGUACAACUCAAUGUUGUGUAAUUCACUGGGAAGAGUGCGGCUGGUUAGGCUUUCUUGCAGUGUCUUCGUGGCAGCAGUUGUCAAGUUCGAUAUUUCUUUCACAAAGUUUGAUUUCUUGCGGUGGUUUUCUGCACAGUACAUGGCUGCUCGUAAGAAUGCUAGGAGUUAGGAAGUUGGCUUUAAGGAACACAGAGAAUUAAAUGCUGCUUUUGUUUCUCGUAUAUGGGAUAUACAAACGCAACUGUGCUCAAUGUACAUAUAUAUACAAUAUCUGGACAACAGGGGCAACUUGUAAUUUUGCGGGACAUCCAAUGUGAAUUUGGGACAAUUCGGGACAACAAAGUUGCUGAACGCAAGGUGCAAUCUGUUUCGUAGAUGUCUCUUUGUAGCUGACACUGUUAUCUAUCGGGACAUUUUUCGAAAACGGGACAUGUCCCGGGAAUCCCAACACUAGUCAUCAGUAAGCCUCAAUUUGCAUAUUAUGAGCUUAUGUGUUAUUAUAUGGUGAUCAGUGCUUAUUAAGAUUGUGCGGCCACAUGGCUGCCCUGUAGCUCCUUAUAGUUCAAAUUUGUUCCAAAAAUUAAGUGUUUUCUUCACUCACAACUCUGGCUUCAAAUGCACUAUGCAAAACUCUUUUACAUUCAACAGUGUUGACCUUGUAGUGACAAUGCUCCCAGAUGGCUUUUCAAAGUUUCCAGGGUAAUUCUGUGAACCGUUUACUGAUGCCCCGCCCCUACUUGCUGCUUCACUGAACACACAAUGUCCUACUUCUUUCUUCCCCGGUGCACUGCUAUAUAAAGUGACUGUGCCGAGCCCAGUAAUGUAAAUUCUUAGAAGUUGUUAAAAUCCUCUGCACAGUGAUUCUGGACACUGACACAUUCCUUGCAGAAUUUUCAAGACAUGGAGUGGUAUUUAGGCCUUCCUGGCAAUCUGUUUUUGCUACUGUGAAGUGGAGCUGCGUGUGUAAAUAGCACUGGCAUGUGUGUCAUUCUUUAAUACCAUGCCCUUAACGACAACCGAUUGAGCAUGGAUAAAAGUUUCGGGCAAAUUGGUAACUCGUGGCAUAAAAUGAGCAGUGUCGAAGACUGUGUUUGUAGUCCGAGGUCGCGGGAUCGAAUCCCAGCCACGGCAGCCACAUUUCGAUGGGGGUGAAAUGCAGAAACAACCGUGUACCAUGCAUUGGGUGCACGUUAAAAAACCCAAGGUGGUCAAAAUUAACCCGGAGUCCCCCACUACGGCGUGCCUCAUAAUCAAAUCAUGAUUUUCACACGUAAAACACUAGAAUUACAAAUAAAUAGAUAAACUGUGUUUGUCAUUCUUUAUCUUGGCAACAUCUUCCACACUGUGCUCAAUUUAUGUUGGAGCAUGAUUGGAACGCACACAAAUGUGUUGACAUUAGUGCAUGCAUAUUUUGAGUGUUGUAUCAAGCAUCCUUUAUUUCUUGAGCAACAAGUGUGAGUGUAAUUUCGGUGAGUGCAAUAUUACGUA